UUUUUUACUUUCCAUAAAAAACGCGGCAAGUAUAAAUUGUUAAGCACGCGCCGUGUCAGCGUACAUUCGCUGUUCGACCGUCCAUUCGUUUUUGUUUAUUAUUUAUUUAUUUAUUUUUGUUCGUGUUUCGUAAACGGCGGAAUACACAAACAUGUGCGACGAAGAAGUAGCAGCGUUGGUCGUGGACAAUGGUUCGGGUAUGUGCAAAGCCGGAUUCGCUGGCGACGACGCCCCCAGGGCUGUGUUCCCGUCGAUAGUGGGAAGACCUCGUUACCAAGGCAUAAUGGUCGGCAUGGGGCAAAAAGACAGCUACGUGGGCGACGAGGCGCAAUCCAAAAGGGGGGUGCUCACGGUCAAAUACCCCAUCGAACACGGUAUAGUCACCAACUGGGACGACAUGGAAAAAGUGUGGCAUCACACGUUCUACAACGAAUUGCGAGUCGCUCCCGAAGAACACCCCGUAUUGCUCACAGAAGCGCCUCUCAAUCCAAAGGCCAACCGAGAAAAAAUGACACAGAUCAUGUUCGAAACGUUCAACACACCCGCCAUGUACGUGGCCAUCCAAGCUGUGCUCUCGUUGUACGCUUCGGGUCGAACCACCGGUAUUGUUUUGGACUCCGGUGACGGUGUGUCACACACGGUGCCCAUUUACGAAGGAUACGCCCUUCCCCACGCUAUCCUUCGUCUGGACUUGGCAGGCCGCGACUUGACAGACUACCUGAUGAAAAUCUUAACCGAACGCGGAUACAGUUUCACCACGACUGCCGAGAGAGAAAUCGUGCGUGACAUUAAGGAAAAGCUCUGCUACGUGGCUUUAGAUUUUGAACAGGAAAUGCAAACGGCCGCAUCGUCCAGCGCUCUAGAGAAGUCCUACGAACUUCCCGACGGACAGGUUAUCACCAUCGGUAACGAAAGGUUCAGGUGUCCAGAGUCGCUGUUCCAACCGUCGUUCUUGGGAAUGGAAUCGGCGGGUAUUCACGAGACCACUUACAACUCGAUCAUGAAGUGUGACGUGGACAUCAGGAAAGAUUUGUACGCAAACACCGUACUGUCCGGAGGCACUACCAUGUAUCCGGGCAUAGCAGACAGGAUGCAAAAAGAAAUCACCUCGUUGGCACCAUCCACGAUGAAGAUCAAAACAAUCGCGCCGCCAGAACGUAAAUACUCUGUCUGGAUUGGUGGGUCCAUUUUGGCGUCCCUGUCCACUUUCCAACAAAUGUGGAUUUCUAAAACCGAGUACGACGAGAGUGGCCCAUCCAUCGUACACAGGAAAUGCUUCUAAACGGUCACGUUCAGAAGACAUAACCCAAAUACACCCCUGUACUUUUACGUUUAUAUAUUAUAUAUACACAUAAUAUUAUAUUUGUAUAAUUUAUUAAAUUAUUUGGAAUAAAAAGAAAUUGCACAAUGUGAUAAUAACUUGUAAUAAAUGUAAUCCGUUCGCUCCAUCAAAA